GUUGACCAAUCAAGACCAUGGGAACUCAAACUCCUCGUACCUGGUCGGAGCUCCCUCCUGAUUUGCUGGAAUCUAUUUACAAUCGACUAAGCUUUACUGAUUUCCACCGCGCCAAGCUCGUGUGUUGGAACUGGAAUUUGAGUUCGAAGCUAACAGUUCCCAAGAAAAUUAGAUCUCCAUGGCUGUUGCUGUUUCCUGAAGACGACGAAGACGAAGAUGGUUCUGGUUCUGUGCUGCUGUUCAAUCCAGAAGAAGAAGAAAGAACAUACAGAACAAAGAGAGACUUUUCAGGGACUCGAUUCCUUGCAAACUCAGGUAAAUGGUUCCUAGUGAUAGAUUCUCGAUUCAAUCUCUAUAUAAUCGAUGUGUUUAGCGAUACUAGGAUCGAUCUUCCCCAUCUAGAAGAGUCUCUCUUAGAUAAAGAGGAAUCCGAAGAUUUAAGGGGUCUUUUGUGGGUUGACGAGAAGACGGCAGAGUACGUUGUAGUCUUGUUCUUCAACUUCCCUAGCGGUAAUGUUGGCUUUUGCAAGAAAGGUGAUGAUCAUUACACUAAAAUCCCGCUGCAUCGCGGAGUACCAUGGAGGUUAGAAGGCUUAAACGAUGCGGUACUCUUGGGUUACCGUCUUUACAUCCGCACGCAGCUUAGCUACAUUCGGAUCCUAGAUUUGUCUAAACAACAAGGCUCUGAGGAUGUUAACAAGUUUGAACCAUUCCAACUGUUUUUUUCCACUCAAGACUGUAGCAUUGCGGUUACAACAAGAGGAGAGGUUUUGCUGGUUAAGAGCAUCCUCGACAAUACUAACAUUGUACGCUUCUCCAUCUUCAAGGAUAUAGACUACAAUCCGCAAGAAGAGGUUGAUUCUUUAGGUGAUGAGGCUCUGCUUCUUGACUUGGGUAUUCCUGUGCCUAGCAUCGCACCAAACUCCAUCUAUUUUACACGUCAUGGUCGUAUCUAUCGCAAGGAGCAUUUAAACCUGGACAUUUGUGUGUUCAAUCUCGAAACCAAGACCCUCAAACGCUUCUCUCGUCUCUCCAGCAGGAACCUCAAGGAUGCUCGAUGGUUUCUUCCGACCACUUGACAUUUCCAAACUUUUUCAUUUAAUUUCCUCUAUGGUCUAGCCGUCUAGUCGCCUGUUUUUUUCUUUCUUUUCUUGUUUCUUUUCUUUUGGUGCUUUCUCGUUCUGAAAAUUAUGACAUAUUGCCUAAUUAGGACACACUUGAUCGACUUUUGGCACUUUUGUCAUCAAAUCAAGUUAUCCAUUGAUAUAUAAGUAUUUGUAUGAAAAUAAAUGUAGUAUCAUAUUUAACCAUUUGUAUUUAUGUGUAUAAUUUAAGUAAUUUAAAGACAAUAAACGAUACUUAUAUUGUUAA